AUGGGAGAGCUGAGGAAAAUUGCAUUUUCAAAAGGUUCAGAUCAUAGUCCUACGCAUUUAAAAGGUAGUCCAGAUGUGAUUCCAAUUAAAAAAGCAUUCAGAUUCCUAAAUUUUUGGAUAAAACAUCCUACCUUUAAAUCAGUGGUUAGAGAAAACUGGAAGGUGGACUUUUCAGGAGAUCCAUUUUACAUGUUCAAUCAGAAAUUGAAGAAAUUGAAGAGGGCAUUAUCAGGGUGGAGCAAAAGCACCUAUGGGGACAUAUUUCAAAAAAUUGCUAGUUUAGAGGAAGUGGUGCUAGUUCAUGAAGAUGAAUUUGAAAGAAAUCCUACAGUACAAAGUAGGCAGAGGCUACAGAAAGUACAAGCUGACUUGAUUAAAUAUCUUGCAUUAGAGGAAGAGUUCUGGAAGCAGAAGGCAGGGAUGAAUUGGUUUCAAGAUGGAGAUAGGAAUACCAAAUUCUUUCAUGCUCAGGUGAAUGGUAGAAGGAAGAGACUACAGUUGAAGAGAAUACAAAACUCAGAAGGUAUUUGGUUAGAGGACAGUACUGAAAUAGCAGAAGAAGCAGUGGAAUUUUUUCAGAAGCAGUUUCAAGAAGACACAGUACCUACAGAUUUUAGGAUCUUAGAACAUGUGCCUUCAAUGGUGGAUAGUAGUCAAAAUGCUAAAUUAAUUCAACAACCUACUGAGCAAGAGAUCAAGCUUGCAGUGAUGGGGCUAAAUGGAGAUAGUGCAGGAGGUCCUGAUGGCUUUACAGGUGCUUUUUUUCAGUCAUGCUAG